AUGUCACAACCGGCACUCGACAUACCUUCAAAUCACGAUGCUGAGAAACCAAAUCAUAUGAUCUUCUGGCUUGAUGCAUCUAUAGGUAACCCAGAAGAAUACCUACAUCUGAAAAAGGCUUUCGCAAGUAAUACUGACCCACGUCAUCAAACUUGGACCAUGCUCACCGACAGGGAUUAUGACAAUUUGCUAGUUGCAACAGAAGCUCAAGAAGUGAAAUUCGAAGGUGUACGCUUUCUUCUGCAAGCUUUUACUAAGCAGGAGGAUUGUCUCGAAGCUUUUGAGAAAAAUCAAGACAAGCGCAUCUUCUUCAUUACUUCUGGACAAUUGGGUAGGCAUAUUGUACCAAAAAUCAUUGAACAAUAUCAACAUAUUUUCACUGAUAUAAUCACUAAUCAGCCGUAUCCAUCCAUAUAUGUUUUCUGUCACGAUGUCGAGGGAAAUGCUAAAUGGGCCAUUGAAUACAUCGAAUAUAUUCAAAUGUUCGACUUUGAUGCAGACUUAUUAGAACGUAUGGCACUUGAUAUUUCGAAAUAUUUCAUUGAGCGUGGUAAACGACUUCGACGGGAUAAUAACUUGGAAGGUGCACUGCAACGUUUACAUUGGGCAAAGAAACUCUGUCAUCAGCAUGACAAAAUGGAACAAGAAAUUUCUACGGAUAAUCCUCGACCAGUACAAGAAAGUCAAACAAUGAGGAAUAUUAAUGGGCUAAUAGAAGAAAUCGAAAAAAUAUUACCUAAAGAAUCUUCUCUGCGAAAUAGAAGCAGCAGUGAUAAUGAUGAUAAUGAGGAGGAAUAUGUUCAGUCAAGUGAACCGAGUAGUUGA